GCGAGCCCGGUCACGGUCGAUGCGUUAGUCACUCCCCUGCAGGGCUGUGAACGUUUCACCAUAUGAAAGGUCCCCGAUGAAAGGAGAAGUGUAUCUUUUGACCUUUGACUCUUUCAUGGCCUCUGGACACAAUGUAAAUACUGGCCCGGGAUACACACUCCUGUAACACUGGCGCGAGGCAGUGACUGGGGGCUAAGUAAACGUGUCUGUUGGAGCGCCGUGCCUCUGUUAUACUGAGGGCCUGAUUACAUAGUGUGAGAGUGGAGUGCGAGUGAGAUUCCUGGAGGGUAGGUUCGACGUGUGAUCGGAGAACAGAACAGGUGGGUUCACGCAGAUACCUGAUGCGCGACACACGUGCAUGUGUGAUGCUGACCAGAGUUGACUACACGGGAUGUCCAUUUAACAGCACAAACCGUAACAGUUGGAUGAACUACAAAGGUAACGAGUCGUGUAGUUAACUACGACAGUAUUGUGAAUAGAGGUUCAAUACAACAGUGCGCCAACAAUGAUCCCCUACUUAAAACUGACUCCUAACGAAAAGCUAGUGUACUUUUUGUGACUAGAAGUUAGUUACGGCAGUGCUGAACAAUGAUCCAUACUUAAAUGCUUUACGUAUUUCUCUUCAUGCAGGUUAUUGAACUAAAGAGACUCGAUAUGACAAUUAUGUGAAGAGUGAGCUCUAAAGAUUCUCCAGACGACAAUGCUUUGAAAAAACUUCGUAUUGUCUCCACAAGAAGCUCUAUUCGACAGUUCUAUAAAAAGAAAUCAUCUAUAGAGCAAGGAUCCAAAAACGGUGAUAUGAAUAGUGAACUCUAUAAUAGCUCCAAGUGCACGGCAGUUAAGUAAGUAUAAUGAGCUCUUUGUUAGCUACGUAAGAACGUUGUGAAAAGUAAGGUAUAAAGAGGUCCCAUAUGGCAGGUAUGUGAAGAAUGAACUAGAUAAAGGAUCCCCACGACAGGUGUAAGAGUAAGCUCUGGUGAAGAGAGAGCUAAACUUGUGUUGACAUGGAAACGACAAAGACAAGUAUGGAUUUUAUUGACGAGUGUGUGGCUGAGCUACGGCUUAAUGAUGACGUAACAGAAGAACCCGGAAAGGUAACAGACACUACAGAAAAGGAGCCAGAUGGGAUAAAAAUAACUCCCGCAGAAGCCGGUUACGGCUCGGAGGCGACUGAGGUAGCCUGUGAGCGCGGUGUGAGAGUAGCCCAGGUGACAGGUGAGAAUGGUAGUGCUGCAAAGGUAAGGAGUUCUAUCACGUUAACGUUAACACCUAUAACAAAAAGCUCGGAGGAGGAAAUCAAUCCAACUGAACCUCCGACGAGAAUAUCCGCGUGUAAUACCAUGGUUACCAAUAUUAAAGGCUCCAAUCGACCUGCAAAUGAACUUAAUGAAACCUCGUGUCUCCCAGGGAACGGGAUUGUAGGGCAUGUUGACUUAAGUACCACGUGUCCCGUGUGUGGGAACAGUUAUACGGACCCCCGGGUAUUACCCUGUCUCCAUUCCGCUUGUUUACAUUGUAUAUACACCCUGCUCUGUCCCGGGGGUCCAGAAGAACAAGUAAAACGUACAAAUGGGCAUACACAGCUUCUGUUGAACUGUCCCUUAUGUGCGGUACGCAUGGUAAUAUCUACAGACGUUGAAAAUUUACCGCCAAACUCGCUGAUAUCUGCUAAAAGUGAAAGUAUUAAAAGGAUAAAAAGAAAUGUCGGAGAAAUUCAGAGGCCCCCAGCGGUGUUAUGCGAUUUUUGUUGUGAGGAGGAGCGCGCUAUUGCCAUGGUUACGUGUGUCGACUGUGCGAGCGACUUAUGUCAGCUGUGCGCCGAUUCUCACAGGCGUCAGAGGAGAACAAAUCGUCACCGACUGGUGAGUAUGUCUACCCCGGGAACCGCAGAACGUCGGGCAAGCGACACCUCUUGUGACGUCACCGCGCUACGUCAACUUUCGCAGGAUGCCAUUCAUAGGAAAGAUGAUAUCCAAAAAAUUCUGGAUAAUAUUCCGUCAACAAAAAAGGAACUCAAUGAGAAUGCACAAGCGGUAACCAAAGAGAUCGGCCUGUUUAUAGAUUCCUUCAUCAAGGCCGUGGAGCUACACCGGAAGUCCCUGUUACAGCAAGUCAGCACCGUUCUACAGGCAAAAGAGACAAAGGUACAACAACAAGAAAACCAUCUGUGUCAGUUACUUAGCAGCUUUGAGAAUGGUUGUAGCAUCGCUGACGAUUUGUCCUUAUAUGGUACGGAGAGUGAAAUUGCAGCAUUGGAAACAACCGUGUCAAUCAGAUUGAACAAGCUUAUAGAUAUUUCGACACAUGAGUGUGUUCCCAUAGACACAACGUUUACUUUUUGUCCAGAAGUAAAAGCAGAAGUGUUUGAAAACUUCCAGAUGUUUGGACAAGUGCAGGGAUCACAAGUGUGUCCCCGUAAAUGUCACGUGUCAACAACAGAUUUAACCAGCGCCCAAGUCGACAUUCCUAGUACCGUAACAUUGACAACCAAGGAUGCAGAGGGCGCAGCGUUCCCAAAUGCUCAAGGGCUCUGUGCGUGGCUGAAAUGUGGUGUUAACGGACAUCGACGUCAGACCGUAACGGUGAGUGAGCGGGACGAUGCUGCCUACGACCUGACCUUUACUCCCCGACAGUCGGGUCAACAUCAGCUGUUUGUCAUGGUCGGCAAGCAAGAUAUACCGGACUGUCCAUUUAAGUUUGAGGUGAAACCAAAAUGGCGGGAACAUACGGGUACUUGGCAGUGCUGCACGUUCUGCUCCUCAGCGGGAAAGAUGGACGUCCCAUGCGGAUGUGGUUCUAUUGUCCGAGGGUCUCGGGGAUGUUGGCAUGCGCACCCUGGAUAUCCAGGAGGGCCACACUGGACGUGUUGUGGGAAAAUGCUGAGGCAAUCAGAAUGUAUUUAUGCAAUAAGAAAAAACGACUCAAAUGUGUUGGAAGUAACUUUAUAGUAAGAUGUAUUUACAAGUCAAUAAUAUAUACAAAUUUAUAUAAGAUAGUUUAUACAUAUGUAUUGUUAAUCAAAUUUUUAAAAUACAAUAUUAAAAAAUGAUUAAAUAACGUUAUUUUAUAUUUUGUUGGGAAACCGUUUUGGUUUGUAUUUUGAAACACAUUAAAUAGGACAGAACGGAUAUCUUCUUCACGUAAACGUGUUGAAUGUAAAAAUGGAUGCUAUCAUCGCAAUCAUAAACAUCACAGAUACGUGAAUCCAUCACUUACACUACGAAUAUUUAAAGAAACCAUUAUUUACCUAAAUCUUUCAUUAAACAUCACAUACAUCUAAAUAUACAGUCACUUACACAAUAAAAGUCCAAUUAUACCGUCACUUGCAUCAUAUAAAUCUAAUUAUACCGUCCCUUACACCACAGAAAUAUAGUUAUACCCGUCACUUACAUUACAUAUAACAUCACAGAUAUCUAAUUAAACCGUCACUAACAUCACAUAUAUAUAAUUAUACCGUCACUUACAUCACAUAUAUAUAAUUAUACCGUCAUUUACACCACAGAUAUCCAAUCAUAUCAUCACUUACGUCACACCUAUUUAUCUAAUUAUUCCAUCACUUACACAACAGAAAUCCAAUUAUACCGUCUCUUACAUCAUACAAAUCUAAUUAUACCCGUCACUUACACCACAUUAAUAUAAUUAUACCGUCCCUUACACCACAGAAAUAUAAUUAUACCCGUCACUUACACCACAUU